UGCAUUUUAUGAGCCAUCUCACAAGCAAAAUUGCAACUCUGCUUUUUUUCAGUAAGCGCUAAGGAGGAGGACCUGCAAGGCUUUCAGUCCCUGCAAACUGAGAGUGCAACCUUCAUAAUAACUAUGCCAUCAGAAGAGCAAAACAGCUCCAGUGACAACGGUGGAAAAGUUUCCACUGAAAGCCCUCCUCGCCUGACUGUGGCUGUAAUCAGUUCUCCAGGGACAGAUUUGUUCCAUACACUACAUGAGAGGCAGCACUCAAGUACAGUAAAUGCAACCACAACCAGUGAUAAAGAUGCAAUUACCUCAAAUGGGCCAAGCUUUGUCUUAGCUUAUGGUACAGUUUCACAUUCCACGAGUAAGGAUGGCACUGCAGCGAAGUCUUUUCAGUCUGAAGGAGACCACUCAUUGAUCUCCAAUGAUGAGGGAAGGCUUCAUCCCUCAGCUGAGGCUGAAUUUGAGUCAAUGAUGAAUGACACCAUGAUGCCUGCUGCUCAUCUGUCCGGAGGCAGGGAAAAGAUCUCAGCUUUUUUUCACGCUUCACUGGAAAGCAAGAAUCAAAGAGUCUUGGAGUCUAUUACUCCUUCGCCUGCAAAUGACAUUCCCAUGGUAUCAGCCUCUGAUCCAGCAGUAAUUGAUAACCUUGGGGAGUCAAACAAGAGUGUGGAAAGACAGGGUGAAAACAAGAAUGAAAAUUGGACUCUGGAGUCGUUUAGAGCUGAUAACCCUCUGAAUCAUACUGAAGAGGCAUCUUUGAAUAAGAAUCAUUCGACCAUUAUGCAUUUUACAGUUUUGCAGGGUUUAGGGCUUUUAACCUCUGAGCUCAGUCAAAACCCAAAAAAUGGAUCUGAGCCUGAGCCAAAAGAACAGAAGAAUCUGCUUUCACCAAGUUCACUGAUCCUUGAUACUCCAUUACAAGUGAAAUCAGCCAGCCAAGUAAUAGUUAAUAAAAUGACAAAAAGCAGCAAAAAUCCCAGCACCAAUGGACCAAAACCCUUUGGGGUGUCACUAAAGAACCCAGACUCAAUGUUUUUAUUCUCUGCUUCAAAGCUGACCCCUACAAAGAUUUCAGAUGCAACCACGCUGAAUUAUUUUUCAAACAUGGUAACAGCUGCUGGCGAAAUGCACGUGACAAAACAAUUUGUGGUCUCACGGUUGAUAUCUGACUCCAUGCAUAGAAUUGUCUCAGCGAGGAACGCACUAGAAAGCAAAUCGAUUUUUUACACCAAAUCAAGUAAAGAGCGUCAAAUUAAACCAAUGCUCCAAACCUCAGCAAACAGUUUCGUUCACCGCCUGAAUAAAAGUGACCUUUCUUUGGUCGCUCAAAACUCUUCUCUUCUCAAAACGUCAGAUCUUUGUACCAAAGAAGCCAGAACAUCUAAUGUAUCAGUGACAGAGAAACAUAACAAAAUGGAUCAUUUUCCAGUUCGGCUGAAUGAAUUGAUAGCCUUUAGUACUGCCUCAUUUACCAACGCUGAGGAAGCAACUAUAGCAAAUAAGCAAAUGUUCAUGAAACAGACUCAAAGUUCACUUGCAGCUCUCCAAACCCUUUUACCUCAAGAAGACACUUCAAAAAACCUCGAUCAAUUUGAUGAAUUAUCUACAGCAUUGCCUCUUCUACCUCUGACAAAGCUUAAGAAUGUGUUCCAUGUCUUCAAAGUGAAUGAUCAUCAGCCUCAAAAGCCUCUAAAUCAUUUCCCCUCAGAGAGAUUAAAGCCUUUUGUAUCAGCUCAAGCUCAUGAAUCCAUUCCACCUUCGUUUACAUCUGCAACUGUGAAGGGAUUCACAAAUAUGGAAAACUUCGCUAAAUUCAGCUCUACUAACCAAAACCAACAGUAUGGAGUGUCACAAAAAUUGCCAUACAUCAUAUCCGAAAGGCCAAACGUGAACUCAAGCAUAUUAACGGGACAAGAAACGGCGAACACAACCACAAUCAACAAAAGCAUGUCACAUUUUAGGGUCCCACUUACUAGCAGCAACAUACCCACAACAAAGACCUUCAUUACAACAACUAUGUUUUUAAAACCCUGGGUGUCUUUUGCCAACAAUGCUCGUGCAAUUCCGCAAAAAAAGUCCUUUCUGCUACCAACACCUUUCGGUAAGUCACAAAAUACUGUGACAACAACAGACUCCAAAGUUUUCUCAAAACUUUUGUCCAUCUCUAAGAAAAGUAAUAGCGAGUAUGCCUUUUUAAAUCACACACUGACAACUGGAAAGAUUGGUUUGCCGUUAGACGACAAACAACAAGAUCUUAAAAACCCAAGAGGGACUGUGAUGCUGUUUUUUGGCAGCUACACAGUUAGCAGUAUCCCAUCAGUCCAGCAGCUCAUUGAAGCUCACCCUGGAGAGGUAUUUCUCACAGAAGCACCGCAAACACAAUCUGUACUUCAGAUUGAGUCAUACUUAAAAAAGAGAGAUGACAUGGUUAAACCAACAACUCUGAAACACCAUGAUCAGAACAGUGCUUCAGUUGAAGGCAUGAAUCAAACCUCGUUGACGCCAAUUCCACACAAGAUUGUUUCACACCCAAUUCACACAUCUGUUUCCCCCGUUGUUCACUUGAAUACAGAGUUUAAACCACAACUGACCUUCUCAGCUUUACCUUCAGUGUCAAUUGGGCCUGCAAUAGUGCAAAAAAGUGGACAAGACAACCACAAAAAUCCACUUUUAUCACAUCAUAUGUUUGUAAAUUUAUCAGAUGUUAAGGAGCAUCCUCAGAACAUGACAUCCAGCCAAAUUUCUGGCAUCAGUAGGCACACAACAGCUGCAGCACGACCAGAAGGGGCCCUGAACACGUCACUCCUUGAAUCAUCCAAUGGAACAACUUUUCCUUUGUUUCUUUUUCAAAUGCAGAAUGUGUUGCAUAAAGAGCAUUUGACCUUAACUGAAGACCACACCGAGUUUUUCUCAGCAGUAAAUCAGCAUUCACAAACGACGCAAUCAAACUUUCCAGCUGACGAAAUGUCCAGUUUAGGCACAGAUGACGUACAAAAACACCUUGGGCAGACUGAGUUGUCUGCUGUUACUGGGGAGAAGUUUGCUUCUCUUGUCCACGCAGAUUUGAGUUUCUCAAGUACAGAGAAACAAUUGCUCCCCAAUGGUUCAUUACCGUCCAGGGGAGGGAGUGAAGAUAUUUCACAUGCCACCACUCCAUUUGCUGAAAGUGACUAUGGGAGAUCUGCUGAUUUUGUGUCAGACCUGCCAGUAAUAAACAGGAAGAGGAGGGUUACAUCAUCCGAUUCUCUCAUUGGUCUGGCGCAAAUCUCAGAUGAUAUCUGCGGGACUGGCAACUACACAGCAGAGAUGAGUCUGAACUUGGAGAGAGAUAUCAUGCCCGGAGAUCUCAUCCCUGCCCUAGGAAACCUGCAUGUCGUCAUCAGCCUCAAAACAAAUAACAGCCAGGUGAACCUAGAGAUAAAAUCCUGCUGCCUCUCGCCCACCGGCAGACUUGAUGAAUUUAACACCACCUGCUGCAUUUUUUCCAGGCUGCCUAUAGAGCCUCACGGCAUUAGACUGCUUCCCAGGGUCCUGUCAAAGAGGGCUAGCUUCACCAUCAGUCUCUUCCAGAUGAUCAAUUACUCCACCGCUUACCUGCACUGUGACCUGAGUGUGUGCUUGAGGAACCAUUCUGAGUGCGAGAGGCAGUGUGAGCAGCAUCGAAAUUCACAUCUCAGAGAGGAAUCGAGGGCCAUCUUCAGCAGCACAGGAAACCGCAUUUCUUUCGGCCCUGUUUUGAAAGGAGCAGACAAUUCAUCAGCCUCUGAAACAGCAGAUGACACUGAAGCCAUGGUGGUGAUUAUCAGCUCAGUGGCCUGCUGUUUGCUGGCGUGUUUGGCUCUCUUGCUUGUCUGGAUUGGGAACAGACGUUGUCUGCAGAGGUCUGCCUACUGCUGGUCCAGGGGCCUUUGUGAAUGCUAACAAAACAGCGCUCACUGCAAUUCAGCCAACCAGACUAAAAUCUGCAUCGAGCACUCAAUCAUUAUCUGACAGUUUUUGAAUUGCUCAUCAUUAUGUUUAGUUGCUGCACUGGGAAACUAAUGAAACUAUUAACAUUGUUAAAAGUGACCCAAAGUGCUCUUGAAUAAUCAUUUAUACUGCAUUAUAGUGCCAAGCUUUGAGUUUUACAAUAGAGAUUUUAAAAAUACAAGCCAACCAUUUCAUGUGAAUACUUAUACUGAGUAAAUAUUGUCAGCAAACAGCUAUUUAAAGGGAUAAUUCACAUAAUUCACCCUCAUGUUGUUUCAGAUCCUACCUUGCUUCUGUAUUAAAGUGCAGUCACAUUUACCUUUAUUCUGCAAAUUUUCUUAGACGAAAUCCAGUAAUUUCAGUAGGAAUCCAUGUGAAUGGGAAUUAUUUUUGAUAGCAAAAGAUUUCCCCACACAAAUUUUGCAAUGGGUUCAAGCUGCUCACGCAUAUUGUCCAACUGAAUGCUGUUUGGUGUGAAAGAGACUUCAGUGUGAGCUGUGCUGUGCUUCAUAUAUCACUACACUAUUGACAAUAGACCUUUUUUGCCUUUAUGAAAUUUGGCUGAAAUUUUGCCGCAUCUUUACACAAAAUAUUUUUUGAAGAAUGUUUAUGAAAGUCUGUCAAGUCCUAAACUAGACUGGGCCCCAUUGACUUUCAUUGUAUGGAAAAAAAACAGACAUUUCUCAAAAUGUGACCCAUGCUGGCAGAAUGAGUCGCAAUGAGCAAAUUUUCAAAAAUGAGUUAUUGUUAUUCUCAUGUUCAAAAACCUUCAAAAUGAUGUAUGAUUUGUUGGAAAAAAAUGACUGAGCUACACCUGUUUUAAGUCGAUAAAGUCAGCAAAGUCAAUUUUGAGAAAAAUUGAGUUAAAAACAAAAUCGCCUAGCAACCAUACUUUAAAAUCCCUGGUGAUACCACCAAAUUUGGCACAAACCAAGUCAAAACCCAUAUCUAUAGGAUAUAUAUAUAUUCAACUUUUUUUUUUUUUUUUUAAUUUUGAUUAACAUUAAUGAAACAGACAGCCUAUAUAUUAAGACCUACUGUACCACACGUAGCCUAUCUAAUAUAAUGUUACACAUCAGAUGUUUUUCCCCAACAGUUAACUAAACGUUCACUUAAGACACAACAGAUAAUGUUUGUGUGAAUACUCGCCAAGACAGAUUUUUUUGAAAUACUGUUCUGUGUAUAUGUGUCGGGAUCGUGCUCUGAGGCGUCAUUGUGCCCGCGCUUCGGAUCUGUCAGUCAGCGCGAGUAGAAUCAUUUUGUUUACAUCAGCAUGAGUGUGCCCAGACAGCAACAUGUGGAUUACACGCGGACCAGAUGUGGGCCGGAUCUGGCCCGACACUAUGUUGCUGUCAGGGUAAAAAUCACAUUUCAUUGGUUCAGACUCAUCCCAUCGAGAAAUCGCUAUGAAUAUUCACAAAGUUGAAUAUUCACAAAGUUGCUGCGCUUAAAAACGAUACCAAACUUGCGCUGAGGGAAGCGCGAGUCAUCCAGAAGCGAGCAGAGAAAACGUCUCAGGUUAUGACUAUAACCAUGGUUCCCUGAGAGAGGGAACGAGACACUGCGUCCCGAAAGGGGCGCUAUGGGAACGCCCUCAGCGUGAAUGCGUCUGAUGCACGUGUGUCAACUAGUCCAAUGGCGAGAGUGAACGUCACUGGUGGGUGACGUCACGACCAGGAAAGGAUAAAUACACAUCCGGAAAGACCGGCUUCAGCUUAAAUUGCCGAAGCAAAUCGAUCACAGGAAUGCAGGGAGUAUGGCAACGCGACGCAGUGUCUCGUUCCCUCUCUCAGGGAACCAUGGUUAUAGUCAUAACCUGAGACGUUCCCUUUCGAGGGAACUCGCACUGCGUCCCGAAAGGGGCGCUAUGGGAACGAUAUCCCAAAACGCCAUAAUUCCAAAAUGCCUGUCCGUGUGAAACUGUGGCACACUAAGACGAGAGCACUGAUGAGCCUGGAGCUGCGUCCAGGUCGAGAUAUAUCAUCUCACAACGUGAGUGGCGAGGAUCAGCCCACCACAUCACAGACUUCCUUGAGGAAAACCCCCAACAACAAGGCCGUGGAAGCCACCAUACUCCUAGAAGAGUGAGCUCUGACAGACAGUGGAUACUGCUGACCAGAGACCUCAUACGCAAGUGACAGUCUCAACUAUCCACUUGCUAACCAUGGACGCAGGGAGACCCCUUAUAGCGCGGUCCAAAACAAACAGUUGAUCUGAAGUCCUCCACAGGGCAGCUCUGUGGACAUUAGGUGUCCAGUGCUCACACUGGACACACAAGAUUCAACUUUUCCUGGUCUGGAUCUGAGAACAGAGGACAGAAAGCUUGCAGCACUAUAGGCCGUGGAAUAUUGGUCAGAACCUUAGGUAUAUAACCCGGUAGGGUAAAGGAACACUUGACCAUCCCUGGUGCACACUCAAGGCACGCAGGGGAUACAGAUAGGGCCUAAAGGUCUCCUACUCUUUUUAGGGGAGAACCCAAGCAGGAACCCUAGAGCAUGCUGCAGGCCUCAGCCUCAGAGUGCCACGAAGGAAACGAUACCUCAAAGGGUUAUACCCCACAAAUAUACCAUCCACAGGGACAUGGAAUGCAGAAAUACGAGGAUAGUUUCCUUGUGGCUGGAGUUCUGGAGUAAAGUAUGGUUUCCACAACCUCGGUUGAGAGACCAAAUACUAUGAGUUGGGCCCCCUCAGGGGCCAAACCCACAGGUUCAAUACUUCUGGGCAGGGUGAAAAGUCAAACCCUUCACCUGAGAUAGAAGGUCUCUCCUGAUCAGAAUCUCCGAGGGAGAGCCGUCGAGGAGAAACACAAGUUCCAAGAACCAUAUCAGACUUGGCCAGUAAGGUGCUACUAACAGACUUAUUCCUUCCCGGCGAAUUUUGUCCAGAACUCCUGGGAGCAGAACAAUUGGGGGAAAAAUAUACAGACAUGGCCCCGGCCAUGUCUGUACCAUGGCAUCCAGUCCAAGAGGAACUGGAUGUGUAAGGGAUAACCACAGUGGACAGUGCGCCGUAUCCUGAGACGCGAAAGAUCCACUUCCACGUGGCUAUAAAUCUCCCAUAUAAGCUUCACCACUUUGGGGUGAAGUCUCCAUUCCCCUGGCCUCAGCCCCUGUCUCGACAGGACGUCUGCUCCUAUAUUCUAGGUCCCUGGAAUAAGAUUGUUCUCACAGAGAGCAUCUUUCCCAGGGACCACAGGAGGAUCUGGUGUGCCAGAUAGUGGGCGCGAGCGCAGACCCCCUGUUGAUUUAUACAAGAAACCAUCGAUGCAUUGUCUGUUCAGACAGCUCGAUGACCUCUCAGGUCUGGGAGGAAGAACUUCAAUGCAUUGAACACUGCCAUCAUCUCCAGGCAAUUAUGUGCCACGAAAGAUGACUCCUCCACAGCCCUUGAGCUGAGCGGCCUUCCAUUACCACUCCCCAGCCUGUGAGAGAAACAUCUAUCAUGAGAGUGACUCAAUGAUAUUAAGCUCCUAACACAGGGCCCUGGGACAGGAACCAACUUUUCUUCCAUAUAACCAAGGCGCGGAGACACCGCCGUGUGAUCUUGAUCAUACGAAGUGGGUUCCCCCUCAGGGACAACCCUUGGUCCUGAGCCACUACUGUAAGGGUCUCAUGAACAGCAGGCCAAAAGGUAUCACCAUUGGACGCAGCUGCCACCAGACCCAACAGUUUUAGAAAACUGUUUUACAGUGAGUGACUGGCCUAGAUAUAUCUCCUGUGUGACUGAAAAGAUUGCAGAAAUACGAGUGGGCGACAGAACGGCCCGCAGCGUCACUGAAUCCAUACCAUGCCCAGGAAGGUGGUUCUCUGUAAUAGAGAAAGCACACUCUUCUUGGCGUUCAGCCACAACCCCAAUUUUUAUAUGAGCAAGAACGACAUCUCGAUGUCGAACUGACCAUCUGUUCUGACUGCGCUAAUAUUAGCCAGUCAUCUAAUCAGCUCAGAAUGCGUAUGCCCUGCAGCCUGAGCAAGGCCAAAGCUGCAUCUACGUAUUUCAUGAACGUGUGGGGUGAUAGAGCUAGACCGAAUGGAAGAACCUAAUAUUGGUAUACUUUGCCUCUGAAAGCAAACCUGAGGAACUUCCUAUGCUGUGGAAGGAUAGAGACAUGGAAGUAUGCAUCCUUUAGAACUAUCAUGACAAACCAGUCCUCGGAUCUGGUUUAGCGUCAACAUUUUGAACCCAAGUCUCCUGACUGAACGAUUCAAAUGAUUAAGAUCUAAUAUAGGACGCAACCCUCCAUCCUUCUUUGGAACAAAAUAGUAGCGGCCCUAAAAACCCUAACUCUCUGCUGGGAGGAGGAACCCAUUUUGUAGCUCCUUUCGCAAAAGAGUUUACUUUCUGUUCCAUCACCAGAGCCUGCCCAGUGAGAUAAAUUUGGCAGAAGCCUCAACUCUGCCAGAAAAUCCACAAAAGGGAACCAGCCUCUCAAAGCUGGUCUCUGGUAUACCUAGAGCAGCCACUUUGGUGACCUGAAAUACACUGGCAGGAAACAACCCAUUUGACUGCUUUUCGACCCUCCUCAGAGGGUGCGAACCUGACGCAGCGUCGUGUGAACGCUGAGUCAUAGCUUGCUGGAAACUGCUGCGCCCUGAAACACCAAGGGUGCCAGGGUUGGUAGAACGGCCCCAUACAGACAAUGAAGUUGAGCGGGCACCGUAUAUUGAGGUGUACACCGCUCUAUCCCGUAUGGGGCUGCCCUUAGAUUCCAUUCAGAGGGUGCGAGCCUGAUGCAACGUCGUGUGAGCGCUGAAUCAAAGCUUGCUGGAAACCGCUGCGCCCCAAAGCACCGAGAGUGAUGGGGUUAGCAGAUCGGUCCCCUGAGGGCAACGAAGUGGCACGG